AUGGUCGACAUAGUCCCCCUCUCUAGCUACCCAAGCUACAUCGACCUCCUCCCCUCCAUCCAAACCUGCAACAUCACCAACCUCCCCGAAAACUACUUCCUAAAAUACUACCUCUACCACGCGCUCACUUGGCCGCAACUGAGCUUUGUCGCCGUCGUCCGCCCCAAGAAUGGGUACUCCAAACACACAGCCCCCGGCGGGGCCGCAACCGCCAGCGAGCAGUAUCCGAAGGUAGUGGGGUAUGUGUUGGCCAAGAUGGAAGAGGAGCCGACGGACGGCGUGGCACAUGGACAUAUUACCUCGUUGAGUGUGAUGAGGACGCAUAGACGGUUGGGUAUUGCCGAGCGCUUGAUGAGGAUGUCUCAACGCGCUAUGGCGGAAUCCCACCGCGCCCAUUACGUCUCGCUUCAUGUGCGUGUCAGUAACACCGCUGCGCUGCGCUUAUACCGUGAUACCCUCGGAUUCAAGGUCGAGACUGUCGAGAGCAAGUACUAUGCCGAUGGCGAGGAUGCGUAUGCCAUGCGCAUGGAUCUGACGGAUAUGUGGAUGGACUGGGCCGAGAUCGAGCGGAAGGAUCGUCUGCGGGCGGAGAAGGAGGGCAAAGAUGCCGAUGAGGGUGAGGAGGUCGGUGAAUUGGGGACGGAGAAGGAAAAGGAGAAGAUGGUGAAGGUGCGGGUUGGACGCGGAUUGGGCGUGGGAGAUUUGGUGGAGAAGAAUGAGUCGCAGACUCAGGCUUAA